AGCCACGCGCAGAACCCGAACACGCAGCCAACAAUGUCCUACUACGACGUAGACGCCAUCCUAACCGACGCGCAGAAAGUUCCAUGCGCCUUUGAACUUACUGUGCCCGGUCUAGGCUUCUUGGAAGGCAAUAUGAGUGGCGAUAUGAAACAGGGUUCUAAAGUCGAGCUUCCAUUAUGGCUGGGUGAGAUGCUUGCAUUGAGCCAGAGUCUAAAUACGUCCUCCCUUGUUACCCUCGACCAUCCCGCGGCCCUAUCACCGCGCGUUCUCAAUGCGUUGAAGGCAGAUCCCAAAUCGGUUGAUCUCCGAGCCCAAGCUCAACAUUUCUAUAACCUGGGCGCCCGCAUCCUCGAGCUGUUCGACGAAGAGGAUAUGAUCGAUGUGCUGAGCGAUACGUUCAAAUCUCGAGCAGCUGUCAUCGCUGAUCAGGCAAAUAAUGGUCGCGGUGCGCUCGGGGAAGGAGGCGAUUUCUUGAAGAAGCUGGACGAAAACGAAAGAGAAUUGUUUCGAGCUGCACAUGACAGCGCGAAAGGCGUCCGGACAUGGAUGGCCGAUCUCAGCAAGAAAUGA